GGCAGUAGCGCGACAGUUUAUCUUUUUACGGCUGUUCAGGCAACGCAUUUUCGACAGUUGCAGUUUUCCUCCAUGCUGUGGCAGCCUCUACAUCAUGUCAGACACAGAGGAAACUGUGGAGAAAUACAAGCAGGAGGAAGAAGAGGCGGAUGAGGAAGAAGAAGUUGAGGAAUCAUCUGAGGUGGAAGAACUGGUAGAGGAGGAAGAGGACGCUGAAGAGGAGCAGGAAGAACUGCAACAGGAGGAAGAUGAGCGGGAACAAGUGGAGGGAAACCAGGGGGAAGCCAAGCCACGGACCAAGUACAUACCCAACAUUGCUCCUCCCAAGCUGCCAGACGGCGAGAAAGUAGACUUUGAUGACCUACACAGGAAGAGGCUGGAGAAAGACUUCAACGACCUGCAGAGCCUAAUUGAGCUGCAUUUCUCCAGCCGCCAGAAAGAGGAGGAGGAGCUGGUUGCCCUUCGUAGCCGCAUCGAGCGGCGACGUGCCGACCGAUCUGAGCAGCAGCGUGUUCGCAGCGAGCAGGACCGUGAGCGACAGGCCCGUCUCACUGAGGAGCGGGCCCGACGUGAAGUAGAAGCGGCCAAGCUCCGCGCUGAGGAGGAAGCCAAGAAGAAGAAGGUAUUCUCCAACAAGGCAUUUGGUGGUUACAUGCAGAAGGUGGACGUGAAGAAGGGCAAGAAGCUUACGGAGCGUGAGAAAAAGACCAAGGCUCUGUUGGAGCGCCGCAAGCCCCUCAAUAUUGACCACCUCAACCAGGAGAAGCUGGCGGAGAAGGCUCGCGAGCUCUGGCAGUGGCUUUGCCAGUUGCAUGCCGAAAAGUUUGACUUGGCUGAAAAGCUGAAGAGGCAGAAGUACGACGUGUAUGUGCUGCGGAACCGAGUCACCGACCACCAGAGGGGCUCUAAGGCGGCCAAGGCAACUCGCGGGUCCAAGAAGUUACGUUAGUUACAGUUACAACCCCAAACUCAGAUUCAAUAGGCAUAGCUUUCUUUGGACUCUUUUAGGUACCAACACUUUCUUAUGUCUUGUGUCAUAUUUCCUGAGGGUGCAGGUCUGCAUGUCUGCUUGUCUGGGAUGGUGUGUUUCCAGUAUACAAAUUUAAAUGUAACUCAAGCAGCUACAACUGAUAAGCCUACACAGUGUGUUUACAGGUUUUGCACAAGAUGACUAUAGUUGUCUGACGUAAACCAUGUGUUUCAUAAGGUAUAUGAUUACUGAUAUUGUGUUCACAAAUAAAGCAAAUUUUUUGAAUGCUCUCAG